UUAGCCACCCAGGCCCAGGCGUUACCCGGGAGUGCGGAGAAUAGCAGCGUCCAUUGCUUACUUUCUCCUCCCGAGAUUCCCCUCCUUGAAUUCUCGCUCCUGCAAUAAGGAAAUCGACCGAGGUUUCUCUGUCUCUCAACCGCCAUUAUUCGUGGAAGCAAAUUUCGCUUGCUCGCAUAGUCUCGGACUCUAUUCUCUGUUGGGGUCUCGCUGCGGGGUUCCCCCCUCUCCGGAUUCGAUCCGAAUCGCCCGAUGCAGAAGACAGCGCAGGCCUGGUUCUCUGGGGGGCCGAGCAGCCGCGACCAGCAGAGCUCCUCCUCCCUCCUCGCCGACUGGAACUCCUACGCCGCCUCCAGAUCCGCCGAGGAGGACGCCUCCUCCGCCAUCGGCUUCGAUAUCGAGUCCGCCGUCAGAACCGCCAACGAUAAGGUCACCGGAACCUUCAACGUGUUUUCCAAAGGUGUUAGAGAAUUACCUGGAAGUUUUCAGUCUGCUACUAGCAAUGUACCAUCUGGAAAGUCUCUUAUAUACUUUGGACUGCUCCUUGCCAGUGGCAUUUUUCUUGUUUUUAUUGCAUUCACCAUGUUCCUUCCAGUCAUGGUGCUGAUGCCCCAGAAAUUUGCUAUCUGUUUCACACUUGGGUGUGCCUUUAUUAUUGGAUCAUUCUUUGCUCUUAAAGGUCCUAAGAAUCAGCUUGCUCACAUGGCUUCAAAAGAGAGACUACCUUUCACACUGGGAUUUGUUGGAAGCAUGGUGGGGACCAUUUAUGUGUCUAUGGUGCUUCAUAGCUACAUCCUCUCUGUUUUCUUCUCUGUACUUCAGGUCCUUGCGCUUGCAUAUUAUGCUAUUUCAUAUUUUCCUGGAGGAUCUGCCGGAAUGAAGUUUCUGUCAUCAGCUCUUACAUCGUCAAUACUAAGGUGCUUUGGCAGGUGAUGCGGUGAGGUGUCAGUUUCGCUUCCCGUAGGAGGGCGGGAGGUUUCCUUUGUUUCGAGGGACUUCCUGUAACAGCAUCCGCACUAACGUUCUAUCUUUUUGGUGCUUGAACAUCAACAGUAUUGAGCUUGUAGCGUGUGAUGGAUUCAAGUUGGACAAAUGUUAACUCCUUAUCAAGAGAGAGAGAGAGAGAGAGAGAGAGAGAGACUUUUGUUGGAUAUAAAGGAUUUUAAGAGCUAAGUUCUCAUAAUAAUUUUAACUCAUUAUCCUUCCCUGUAAAUUUUUAAGCAAAUAUGCCUUCAAGGUGCAAGCCAGAUUGGUCCCUUCUGA